CAUCCAUCUCGCUCCACACAGACUCCCUGCGACUCCCCACCAGCAACUUCACAUCUGCCUAAGACAGUACAAAGCUGAUAAAAGACCAGAAGAUAUGGCUGUGGUUAGUGGAACUUACCGUAUGGUGUCGGAGGAGGAGCAGGCUCUCAGGGCCAAGCUGGAACGUCUCACCGUCAAGGACCACGGGCCAGUGUUUGGACCCUGCGCCAGCUUGCCGGACCACACCAAGCAGAAGGCCAAGGACGAGCUGAACGAGACAGAUGAGAAGCGGGUGGCGGCAGUGAAGGAGCUGCGAGAAAUGAUUAAGGAGAAGGCAGAUGCAGGUGACGACCUGGCCAAGGGGGUGCACGACACGUUUGGAGAGAAACCAGACAGUUUGCUGGUCCGCUUCAUCCGGGCCAGGAAGUACGACGUGCCCAGAGCCUUCGACCUAAUGAAGGGCUACGUGCGUUUCAGGAAGGAUUACCCCGAGCUGUUUGAGAAUCUGACCCCAGAGGCCGUACGCAGUACCAUCGAGGCCGGCUACCCCGGCAUCCUGCCGAGCAGAGACAAAUACGGCCGCGUGGUUCUGCUCUUCAACAUUGAGAACUGGGACUACGAGGAGAUCACGUUUGAUGAGAUCCUGCGUGCCUACUGCGUGAUCCUGGAGAAGCUGCUGGAGAACGAGGAGACUCAGAUCAACGGGUUCUGCAUCAUUGAGAACUUUAAGGGCUUCACCAUGCAGCAGGCGUCAGGAAUCAAACCCACCGAGCUCAAGAAGAUGGUGGACAUGUUGCAGGAUUCAUUCCCUGCCCGUUUCAAAGCUGUGCACUUCAUCCACCAGCCCUGGUACUUCACCACCACCUACAAUGUGGUCAAACCACUCAUGAAGGGCAAGCUGCUAGAGAGAGUGUUUGUCCACGGAGACGAGCUGGAAAACUACUACAAGGAGUUUGACGCCGACAUCCUUCCCUCUGAGUUCGAUGGGAAAGGUUCCAAGUACGACGGCAAUGCCACAGCAGCCAAGCUGUUCGACUAAACCUCCUCCCUCCAUUUGCAACAACCAGGCGAAGAGCCAUUAUAUAUUACAAACCCCCGCAGACUGUGGAGACUCAAAGGCCAAAUCUAACUGUGUGGUUGUGGGAAAAAAACAUUAUGAAUGAAAGGCACGAGUGUGUGAGAAGUUCAAGUGAUGUUGUUUUCCAGGGUUCCUGAUGAAGCACAGUCUUAACAGGAACAAGGCGGUCGAAACCACUCACCCUCAGUCAUUAUAGCCCUCUCUGUAUAAACCAUUUGGUUGCUCCUUAAGCACCUUACAGUUCCUCUUUUUUUAGCACUGGUGACCAAAGCCAGAUCUCUACAUAUUAUAUAGAUUUUCAAGUUUUAGAUAAUUAAAUACAGACUGACAGAUUCUUUAACAAUGCAUAUGUAUUAAGAUUUAAGAUUUUCGCCCUUUUAGGCAUUGACGUCACUUCAAAAUAGCAUCUUUUGAAAAUCAACCUUCUUAGUUUAAAGACUUAAAGAUUGAAAUAGACAAUUCAUCACAAUAAAAAUGUACAUGGCUUUAUUUUAUUUUUUGCAACAUAACAGUAAAGCAGGUUUGGGCUGGUGCUGUUUUCAUGCUUCCUUGUUGUUGUUGUUGUUGUUGUCCAUUCAAAAAAGCUCUAAAAAGACCAAAUUCACAAUCUUUAGUGAUUGUCGCCGACGAGGAAAAGUUUUCAUGCUCACAACUGUUACUGUGACUGGUCAAAAAAAUGAUGGUGACCAAAUGUCCUCAUGGAUUACAUAUCUUCAAGGCUUUGCAAGUUGAUGUGAUUUCAAACCCAAAUAAAUGGAAGCCAGUGGCUGUCAGAAGAAAAAAAAAUCUGCGUUAUUGUUAAGUACACAUAUUGAGUUAAAAAUUCAAAAGCACCAGUUUGAUUCUUUGAGCAUUCAGAUGCAUUAAAGUAUUUUUUAUGUAAUUUCAUGAAGAAAGAAAUUGUUUAAUUAAGACACACAGGCGGACUCACGUUGAGCCAAAUGAGAGUGCUUACCGUCUGUCUCUCACCUGUUCACUUGUGCGUUGUUUGGACUGUAGUUCACCCACACAGCUAGUUUGAACACUGGCAGGCUCCAACUUUCUGAGUUUCUACCCUCUGGCCCCCCCUCCCUGUCUCUCCUAGAAGUACAAGGCUGAUAUUUGAACAAGUGCCUGUCUCUCAUGUGUUUUUGAGAUUGCCGUUUCUUCAAUUUGAACAUUAUGACGUUUUACCCAUCGUGCUACC